AUGUGCAACAGUAAAAGAUUGAAAAAAAUACCAGAGAGUACAGAACCUGAUAACCAUCAAGAAAAUGAAAUGAAAAAGUUAUGGGAAAAUACAGUAACCAAAGUUAGUAAGAUUGUAGUGAGAAAACUAGAGGGUGUAUCAGAUAUUAUUGUUUCGCGUUAUAAUACAUUUUUAUUACCAAAGAAUUUUAAAGUAAAAGGUGUAGUAGGUAUAUGCCAAAUCAAUAAAUGCAAGUACACUAUUUGGAAGAUUCUUAGGAGCUAUAAACCUUUCCUGAACAGUUGGAUAAAUUCCACUCAUUUAAUAAUUCUGUUGAUGCACAACCCUUGA